UAAAGAAGAAAUUUUUGACGGUUGGCAUAUGUCAUGCGUGCAUUUCAAUUCUAAAUUAACACGUUAAAAAAUCACAUCAUUCUGAUAUUUCACGCACUUUUUUGGCACACGUUAAUUGAAUAACUUUUUAAUUGAUUUACAUAUAUUUGUAUAUCUUUGAAGAAAAAUGCCAGUUCCUGGAGGUGUAUAUCAACAACAAGGUCCUUCCUGUAUGGAUAGAAUGAAAAUGGGUUUUUUUCUAGGUUUUUGUGUAGGUAUGGCUAGUGGGGCACUAUUUGGAGGUUUUUCUGCAUUGAGGGGUGGCUUAAGAGGAAAAGAACUGAUAAAUACUGUCGGAAAAGUUAUGCUCCAAGGUGGGGGAUCAUUUGGAACAUUCUUGGCUAUUGGAUCUGGGUUGAGAUGUUGAUGUUUCAAAUAUUUUUCAGAAAUGUUUGUACUCGGAGAGUAUGUUAUUAUAUCUCCUCGCUAGUUUUAGUAUCGAGUGUGAAUUAUGAUGUGAUUUACUGAAACCUGUAAUAAAUUUUAAGUACUCAAGUA